UCGCGCGCGCGGAUGUCGCCUGACCGACCUGACGUUGGUCGAAGAUGGCGGCGAAUGGCGGCGUACGUCUCCUGCUCGUAGGAGUUUUAUGUACUUUUCUCUUGAAACUAUGCAAUGGCGCGGCGACGGACAUCAAAUUGGACGCCAAGGCUCAGCUGUUGCACCGGCUCGACAGUCUCAAUCUCCUGCUCUAUACCUUCCUAUUGAUUUUAACCGUUUUAACAAUAUGGAUGUUCAAGCACCGCCGCUUGAGGUUCCUCCAUGAAACUGGUCUGGCUGUCAUUUACGGCUUAAUCAUAGGAGCGAUAAUACGUUAUGGUUUCACAACGAGCAGCACUAUUCUGCAUAUGCCGGUGGUUCCAGAUAAUUCUAGCAAAUACAAUCAGUCUGUACCACCGGACACGUUAUGGUUACGUUUCCCGGAAGAUAAGGGUGGCGGUGUCGUGAAGAACAAAACAUUCGCGUAUUCGUUUCGUGGCGAAAUUUACAAGGAAGAUAAUGAAAUCGAUUUAAAGGCAACUUUUGAUCCUGAAAUAUUUUUCAAUAUCAUCUUGCCUCCCAUUAUCUUUCAUGCUGGAUAUAGUUUAAAGCGUAGAUACUUCUUCAGAAAUUUAGGUGCAAUUCUCAUGUAUGCUUUGAUAGGAACCUCUAUAUCAGCUUUUGUUAUUGGAGCUCUGAUGUAUGCUUUUGUACAAUUGAUACCACAUCUCUCCACGUCGUUCACAUUUCUGGAUACCCUAUACUUUGGCGCUCUAAUAUCGCCUACGGAUCCUCUGACAAUAAUAUCCAUCUUCAACGACCUACAUGUAGACGUUAAUCUGUAUGCUUUGGUAUUCGGCGAGAGUGUAUUGAACGAUGCGGUUGCCAUUGUACUUAGUGGCUCAAUACAAAACUACGCAGAACGAUAUCAAUCGGGAUCAGGUGGUUUCGAAACCGUGGCGUUCUUCCAGGCGUUCGGAGAUUUCGUUGAAAUAUUUAGUUUGUCUCUCUUUAUCGGUGCUACGAUGGGAUGCAUCACUGCAUUAUUGACCAAGUUUACCAGGGUUCGAGACUUUCCUCUCUUAGAGUCAGCAUUAUUCGUUUUAAUGUCAUAUAGUACAUUUUUAAUCGCCGAAGCUACCGAUCUUACAGGCGUGGUUGCUGUUCUCUUCUGUGGAAUAUGCCAGGCUCAUUACACAUACAACAACCUGAGUCUGGACUCGCGUCAGCGUACAAAACAACUGUUCGAGCUGUUAAAUUUCUUAGCCGAGAAUUUCAUAUUUAGUUACAUCGGCGUCUCGAUGUUUACCUUCCCAAAACAUCAUUUCGAUCCUGGCUUUAUUUUCGCGGGAUUUCUAUGCGCGUUAUUGGGUCGCGCGGCUAAUGUUUAUCCGUUAUCCUUCAUAUUGAAUCUGGCGCGAAAGCCGAAGAUAUCAUUAAACUAUCAGCACAUGCUGUUCUUCGCAGGAUUGCGUGGCGCCAUGAGCUUCGCUCUCGCCAUUAGGAACACCGUGUCGGACGCCAGGCAAGCUAUGUUGACCACGACUAGCUUAAUUGUUAUAUUGACGGUUAUUCUACAAGGAGGUGCAACAACGCAAUUUUUAAGCUGGUUCAAUAUUCCAGUCGGAGUAGAUGAAGAAAUAGAAGGACUUUCUCAUAAUGGAACGCGUAGUUCUGGCGGCGAGGGUGGCUACUGUGAUCUGGACAUACAUAGGGGAAGAAGUCCGCCGUAUAAUUCUAUGCAGGACGGAUCGUUACCAGGCGGCGGUAGUAGCAGUGGUGGUAUCGCUGGCACGAAACCUAACGAAAAGGCAUUGCUCGCGAGAAUUUGGGGCGAUUUCGAUACCAAAUACAUGAAGCCCUUAUUAACGCAUUCCAGGCCUACGUUAUUAGAAACGUUGCCGGUCUGUUGUAGUCCGCUAGCAAGAAUUCUCACAACCACGCAACAAAUGACGCAGGACGAGGUUGCGAGGAAGGUCGAUUCAGAUUCAGACUUCUGCUUGGAAGAUCGCGAGAUGGAACGACGCAGGACCAGCGUUCAGCCGACGAGUGUCAGGAGCUCUGCACGUAGAUCGCAGUUGUGAACAUGAUAUUUUUAAGAUUUUUGGCGUUUUAAGAUUUAUUUUAAGGUCCCAACAUUAUAUGUUUUAUAUAAUUGUUGCCGGUAAUCUGUCCAUGUAUCUAUGUUUAAAUAUUGAGUUAAGCGUUAACUUAUGUAUGUAAGACAUAUUUCCUGAAUGGUUGUUAAGUUAAAAAAAAAAUCUGACGUUAAGGAAUUUUUAUCAGAUUUAAUUCCUUCAAGUCUCGCUAAGAUAAUUCUGGUAGUGAUAUUACGGGCUCGUACAUUUACUUUUGUAUUAAUGUAACUGUUACUUAUAAUUUGAUAACGAAGUCAAUGUUGCAGAUGACGCAAUGUAAUUUCCAGGCGUGAUACUUUAGACAACGAAACCAUAAUCGUUGCUUAGUCGAUUGUUGUCAUUUUUUUUUCUUUUUUUAAAAUAAAAAUACGCAAUAUUACUUAUCAACAGAUUAUUCUUAUAAAGAAUAAAUUACACACGUAUAUACAAGUAAGAAAUCGACAAAAUUGUGCUUUCUGCUGGCAAAUUAGCAUCUUUUAGUAGUUUUUUUGUAAAUAGAGAGUUAGACAAGUUUUAUUUUUUCUGGCUUCGUGAGUUAGAUUCACUUUGAAGCUGGGUUUUGAUUCGAAGUAAAUUCUAGGCCUAUCUCGAUGACACAAUCAGCCAAUCCGUUCUGUAAAUAACAUUACAAUCUCAGCUCGUGUCCGCGAUAUACGUAAAAGUUGUCUGAUGCGCCAGAUUGAACGUAAACGAUUAAUCGAUUAAUGUCAAACGGCUUACAUGUGAGAGAAAAUAUGGUUCUGGAGUCGAUUCUUGAUGUGUGUUUAAUACUUUGUGGGACAGCUGGGAACCGUGAUGAUGAUGGGAGAAGUUAGUCCGGGACCACUACCGCUGCACACACGAGUCGCCCUGCCCGGUCUGGUCGGUAGACACUUAUAAAAUCUUUC